CUUGGUAGCCCUAGCAGAUAUGACUACUAGCGGGUUGAUGAUAAUUUAUACGAGAGACGAAGUAGACUUUAUCCAAAACUUGGUAUUCUAUAUCGAGCGAGCCUACCGUACGCCAGAUUACGGUAUCUGGGAGCGAGGAAACAAGAUCAAUCAUGGACAGCCAGAACUCAACUCUUCUUCUAUUGGAAUGGCCGUAGCUGCACUAAGAGCAAUCAAUGGUAUAAAUCUAUUUGGUACUAGAGGCGGACCUUCCUCGAUAAUCCACGUUCUCCCGGACGAACUUACUCGGAACGUUACCACGCUCCACAGCUUCCUUCCAAGAGAAUCAAAUUCCAAAGAGAUUGAUGGUUCAGUGUUGUCCAUCAUAGGCUUUCCUGCUUUUGCUUGCUCCGACAUAGAUCUUAUUAGGCGAACCAAGGAAGAAGCCCGUCUGAAGCUAGAAGGAAAAUAUGGAUGGAAGCGAUUCUUAAGGGACGGCCACCAGACCGAACUUGAAGAUACAUCGAGAUUAUAUUACGAUGCCAACGAACUCAAGCAAUUUGAAAACAUCGAAUCCGAGUGGCCUCUCUUCUUUACAUACCUAGUGUUGGAUGGUUUAUUUACGGGGAAUGUUGAGCAGGUCGAGUAUUAUCGGCGGAAGCUAGAACCUCUGAUCAUUGAUUCCAAGCUUCCCAGCUCGCUUGUGUCCAAAAACAAAGGCAGCACUCCUUCUUCCCCCGCCGCUUGGGCAACUCCUCUUACAGUUCCGCUGAUUCCCGAGUUGUAUUUUGUACCAAAAAAUAAGAUUGAAGCCGAAAAGAGCUCCCCACAUUCACAGACGCGUGUUCCAAAUGACAAUCUCCCUCUUGUAUGGGCUAAUUCACUCUAUUUCUUGGGAAAUUUGAUGUAUGAAGGUCUCCUGUCUCCUUCCGAAGUCGAUCCCUUGAAUCGUAGUCUGAAUUCAACUAGACCUCCUAAGGAUAGUAUUGUCCAGAUAGUUCUGUUAUCAGAAGAUGAAUCUUUGCAAAAUACCUUAUCGUUGUAUGGGCUUGAGACUCAAACUAUGGAUCAAAUAUCAUCUACACUGACUGUACUACCAGCACAUGCUUUGGCAGAUGUUUAUGCUGGUCUAGGCAUGAACAGUAAACUAAAAAUGAGCGGAAGACCAAAAAGACCUAUAGGUGUUCUAGGAACUUCUCGAUUGUAUCGUAUUGAAGGCCAUGUGUAUGCAUUCACACCUCAUUUUAUGGAUAACGAUGAAUUUUAUCUCAACUCUGAUCCUGACUACUUGGUCUCUGCUUUUGAGAGUGAGCUCAUUUUCACCAGUAAACAUUGGUUCUAUCCUGGCCGUCCCACCAUAGUUGUCUUACUUUCACAUGCCCUUCUGGGUACCAUGCGUACACUCCAAUUAUUCGAUUCUAGCUCAAGUCACAAUACAUCUACUCAGUUAUCCCGCAAAAAUCUUCUCAACUUCUUUAUGCAAUUGCGUGGAGGCACCUGCAACGGUGUACGAGUAAGACUCUCGCGUUUAUCAGAAACCAUCAAUACUAGUAACAUCGAAUCUCUUGAUUUCUUGAUAUCUAAGCCUGACAUUGAUUGGAAAAAUAUUCUUUUGAGUGCCCAUGCUUCACGCCGAAAGACGCUACAUCGAAAGCUGGGUUACAGUGAGACGAUGACCCAGGCCAACACCCCUGGCCACAAGACUCCCAAACGCCAGAGCUCAACGUUUCAGCAAAAAUCCUUCUCGUCCUCAAUCAAUUUAUUACAAUACUUGGCAUCUUGUGAAUCAGCGGAAACCUAUAUAGAAGUGCUUGAUGCUACAAUCCGAGAACUACUUGAAGAAGUGUACCUUAAGUCAAGACGUCUUCAGUAUUGGUCUAUCGCUCGACAGGCAGCAGGCCUCUUGCACAAGAAUGUGCCAUCUCUUACUAUUAAUAUCACAGAUCUUAUCAUUCGUCAGAAGCAGAUUAGUAUUGGUUCGGGUGCAGGGGAAUACUUGAUUUCAACUCCAGUGGGACCCGACGCCUUGAAUGCUAUGCUAGCAGAACAUUGCACUGAAGAUGUCCGUGAAGGACCAUUAGUCCAAGAAAUUUUGAUAUAUCUUGGUAGCUUUAUCCGUACUCAGCCCGACAUGUUUGACGGAAUCCUUCGCCUUCGCACACAUCAUAUUAUAAUUGCUUUGCGCGAAGAGGUACGCCCCAUUUCGAGACCAGAGCGUCGACGUUUGUCAAUUGCUAGUCUCCAGGCACCAGAAUCAUCAAGUUCGAUUCCAAUCCCUGUUCAAGAAGAUGUGAUUGUGAAACGUAUCAAUACCACAGUAGACACAAGUAAUAUCACUGAAGACAACAUCAACAGCUGUUUCCCUAAUUCUAAUGGCAAAUGGCAUCAUCGCCGGAAGAACGACGGUGCCUUGAAUCGUGUUCCACCACAUUUCUUUCCCGAUACUUGGAAGCUGCUUGACCGCUCUCAGGGACUAAAGAUCCAUGAACAUCGGCUAUUGCGUGAUCCUACUGUACUUGAAAUGACAGCAGAAGAAUUCAACUUUGCACUGGCUGUCGAAGGUUUCUUGGGAUGGUACGCUGACCCAGCAGAGCGCCAAAUUGCAGUUGAGACGUUGACUGUGAUGGCCAAAGUGCAACAACGAAAUCCAGAGAUGAAGACCAUGGAAGCAAUGAUUGAUUUACCGCUGAUUAUGAAUACAGCUAUUCGUAUAUUUUGGGAGAAAUGGGUCUACAGUAAUCAUCGCCUACAUAAGUGUCCACUUCUAUCACAAGGACCUGAAUAUGACAGACACCGAGAAUUAGCGGGAAAAUUAUUCUACGAUCUACCUCAACAGGGCACUGAAAGUACCUUUUCUUAUCUUGCCAGAGCUAUUCUUAAAACUCUUCCAUUUGAAUUUGACUAUAACGAAAGCAACUUUUUAUAAUGAACUAAAAGAAUAAAAAAAAAAGUUAAUUUUC